AUGUACCAUCCACGAGAGUUGUACCCCUCUCUGGGGACAGGCUACCGCCUUGGGCCCCCCCAGCCGGGGACAGAUUCCAGCUUCCCGCCUGCCCUGCCAGAGGGCUACCGCUACCCUGAUCUGGACACUCCCAAGUUGGAUUGCUUCCUCUCCGGGAUUGAGGCUGCUCCCUGCACCCUGGGCGCUGCCCCACCCCUGCCCCCGCUGCCCCCAGCCCUGGGCACUGAGCCAGCCCCCCCAGCCCCUGAGGCCCUUCAUUCACUCCCCGGAGUCAGCCUGAGCCUGGAGAACCGGGAGCUGUGGAAAGAGUUCAAUUCUGUGGGAACAGAGAUGAUCAUCACCAAAGCUGGGAGGCGCAUGUUUCCUGCUUGCCGAGUCUCAGUCACUGGCCUGGACCCCGAGGCCCGCUACCUGUUUCUUCUGGAUGUGGUUCCAGUGGACGGGGCUCGCUACCGCUGGCAGGGCCGGCGCUGGGAGCCCAGCGGCAAGGCGGAGCCCCGCCUGCCUGACCGCGUCUAUAUUCACCCCGACUCUCCUGCCACGGGUGCCCACUGGAUGCGGCAGCCUGUGUCUUUCCAUCGUGUCAAGCUCACCAACAGCACCCUGGACCCCCACGGCCAUCUGAUCUUGCACUCCAUGCACAAGUACCAGCCCCGCAUCCACCUGGUGCGGGCCGCCCAGCUCUGCAGCCAGCACUGGGGGGGCGUGGCCUCCUUCCGCUUCCCCGAGACAGCAUUCAUCUCUGUGACAGCCUACCAGAACCCGCGGAUCACACAACUGAAGAUCGCCGCCAAUCCCUUUGCCAAGGGCUUCCGGGAGAACGGCAGAAACUGUAAGAGGGAGCGAGAUGCCCGUGUGAAGAGGAAACUGCGGGGCCCAGAGCCUGGAGCGGCAGAGGCCUAUGGGAGCGGAGAUGCACCAGGCGGUCCCUGCGACUCCACGCUGGUUGGGGACGUCCGUGAGUCAGAUCCAGAGCAGGCCCCGGCCCCCCGCGAAGCUGCUCCGGCCCCAGCUCCUCCGUGCGGCGGCUCCAGCGCCGAAGCCUACCUGCUGCACCCCGCGGCUUUUCACGGGGCCCCCAGUCACCUUCCAACCAGGAACCCCAGCUUCCCUGAGGCUCCAGACUCGGGGCGUCCAGCGCCCUACUCAGCUGCGUUCCUGGAGCUGCAGCCUGGGCCAGGGGGCUCGGGGUACCCAGCCGCUGCCCCCCCAGCACCCUUUGCCUCACACUUCCUCCAGGGGGGCCCCUUCCCCAUUGCCUACCCCGGCCCUGGGGCUUACCUGGAUGUGGGCUCCAAACCAAUGUACUGA